UUCCAAAGCUUGUUGCCCGACCAUCAGAUGCACUAGACUCUUAGUCAAGACUCAAAAACGUCAACGGAUGAUCAAUCCCCGGCCAAGAUCGGAGAAGUGGCUUACUGUACGCUACUCCAUUGCCAUUCCAACUCACGUACAGCUGGGCGAAGCAUGGCGGCCUCCAAGACGAGUAUCUUUUUGACUGGUGCGGCGGGCUACAUCAGUGGGACUGUGCUAGCGCAUUUGCUGCGGCACCCCGACGUGGGGACGUUCGACAUCACUGCGCUCGUGCGCUCUCCGGAGAAGGCGAGGAAGCUCGAGGCGUUCGGGGUUAGGAGCGUGGUGGGGUCGCUCGAUGACUUUGACAAGCUUGAGGCGUUGUCGGAGCAAGCGGAUGUCGUGUUCUCUUGUGCAGAUUCAGACUAUCUGCCCGCGAUGCAGGCGAUCCUGCGGGGGCUGAAGAAGAGGCAUGAGUCGCUCGGAGAUUUGCCAAUUUUGAUUCAUACCUCGGGCACAGGCGUCCUAAGCGAGGAUACGAGGGGGAUGUACGUUGCGGACAAGGUUUAUUCAGACCUGGACGUCGAGCAGUUGAAGGCGAUCCCGGAGACCGCUAUUCAUCGCAAGGUCGAUCUCGCCGUCAUUGCGGCCGACCAGCAGGAAUACGCUCGGACGCACAUCGUAUUCCCGUCCCAAAUCCACGGUGUCGCGAACCACGCUCUCGUCGAGGCGGGCAUCUCCAAUCCGUACUCGAUUGCGAUUCCCUGGAUGAUCCUCGCAGCGAUCCAGCGGAAGCAAGGCGGGGUCGUCGGGCUUGGCAAGUCGGUGUGGCCCGACGUGGACAUCGAUGACGUGGCGGACCUGUAUGUCGUGUUGUUUGACGCGAUCCGGCGCGACCCUGAACAUGUCGGGCAUGGCUGGGAAGGUUUCUAUUUCGCGGAGAAUGGAGAGUAUUGCUGGUAUGACUUGACCAAGGCGGUCGUUACUGCGUUGGUGGAGCUCGGAGCUAUCGAGAACGAUGAGAUAUCAUCAUUCACGGAGGAGGAACUGCCCAAGUAUUUCCGCGCCGAGGCUAAUGGGUGGUUGUUUGGGAGCACGUCGCGCUGCCGGGCGGAUCGCGGUCGGUCGAUUGGGUGGAAGCCGGUGAAGAAGACGGAGGACAUGUAUGCGGGCGUCAAGGUCGAGGCGGAGGUGCUGUGGAGGAAGAAGUUCUGAAUCUGGACAGAUUGACGGUCCGGAAUUACUAGGUUUUGUAAGGUUUCCUUUCACAUACUACAUUGAACUGCUAUAUAUGUCAAGCCCUGUGUAUGUCAUGCCUGUAACUGUACACCGACAUCGUACUAAUUUAUCUCCCAUCCCUUACACCAGC